UUUGAAUAUCUCCAUAACUUGCUACCCCUUUCUCUCAAUCUCUCUCUCCAUCCAGCAAUCAAAUUCUCAUCCAAAAUUUGAAUUUCCAUAUCUAUCUCAAUAAUAAAAUCAAGAUGAAUGAUUUGAUGACAAAAUCGUUCACAAGCUAUGUGGAUCUAAAGAAAGAAGCCAUGAAGGAUCUCGAAGUAGUUCCCGAUAUCGAAAUGGGGACAACACAGUUUGAUAAUAAACUCACUGCAUUCCUGGAAGAAGCAGAGAAGGUGAAGCAGGAAAUGAACUCAAUCAGGGAAAUCUUGAUCCAUUUGCAAGAAGCGAAUGAGGAGUGCAAAGCCCUUCACAAACCCGAAGCCUUGAAAUCGCUGCGAAAUCGCAUAAAUUCAGAUAUUCUAUCCGUGUUAAAGAAGGCAAGAACCAUAAGGGCUCAGCUGGAGGAUAUGGACAGGGCUAACGAAAUGAACAGGCGCCUUUCGGGUUGCAAAUCCGGCACCCCUGUGGACCGGACCCGGUCUGCAGUCACCAAUGGACUCCGAAAGAAGCUCAAGGAGCUAAUGAUGGACUUCCAGGGACUGAGACAGAGGAUGAUGAAUGAGUAUAAGGAGACUGUUGGGAGAAGGUAUUUUACAGUGACAGGAGAGUACCCUGGUGAGGAGGUGAUAGAGAAGAUUAUAUCCAGUGGAGAUGGCCAUGGGGGUGAGGAAUUUCUGUCUAGAGCUAUACAGGAGCAUGGGAGGGGGAAGGUACUGGAGACCGUGAUCGAAAUCCAAGACCGGCAUGACGCUGCCAAGGAGAUAGAGAAGAGCCUGCUGGAGCUGCACCAGAUAUUUCUCGACAUGGCAGUGAUGGUGGAGGCACAAGGGGAGCAAAUGGAUGACAUCGAGCACAAUGUGAUGAAUGCAGCCCAAUAUGUCAGUGAUGGAACUAAAAGUCUCAAGACUGCCAAAAACUACCAGAAGAGCAGCAGAAAGUGUUUUUGUAUAGGAAUAAUUCUUCUUCUUGUGCUUAUUCUUCUUGUUAUCAUUCCUGUUGCCACCAGUUUCAGUAAAUCUUGAAUAUUUCACUUGUUAGAUUGCUGAAUUCUUUUAUUCUUUAGGCUUCACUCUCGUGAGAUAAAUGUAGUAAUUUCUGAAAAAUUGGUCCUGUUUUGGGACUGGUAUUUUGUGAGUUUUGUCGUGUGUUGUUGUAUUCAUUUCUCAGAACCUUGCAUUUUAUGAAGUCAAAAUAAAUAAAGAUGAGUUUGGAUUAA